AUAAGAUCCAGGCACAAAAGAUUAAGGGAAAGAAAACAGUAUCUGUAUCCAGUCCCGAAGUGCAGCUCCAACCAUUGUGAGUCAAAGCUGGUUGUGUGAACCUUGGAGAAUGCCACGUCCUGGUUCAUCAAAUGGUCUGGGGGCUUACAGCUCUGGCAGAGGCAGGCCAUAUGGGCUCAGCGUGGAAGAGACUGCUGGAAUUGCUAUUCUUGCCAUCAUCGGUGCACUUGUUCUAAUUAUUGGAUGCUGGUACUUUAGGAGGAGGAGUGGCUAUAAAAUACUUGGGACUCAGCAGUUUCGUCCUUCUGCAAUCCGGGCUAUGAUGGGUGGAACACGAGAGCCUGCAGAGUGUAAAGUACCCUUACAGGAUUACAACACCCUGAAUGUUGUUCCUGGAGCUCCACCAGCAUAUGAGAAAAUCUCUGCAGAAGCUCAGCCACCACCAUAUGCUCCCUGAACUAAGCAUUUGCCAUGCUUUUCUGAUCUGCAUUAUUGGAUCACUGCCUAAUAAAACUG